AGAGUGAUGUUUACAGCGCCGAGUGUACUUUGCAGGACAAGCCGUGUGUGCUGCUAGCAGCGUCGACGUGAGGAAGGAGCUUUCGCCGAGAGCAGAUCGUCUUUCUCACUUUCCCCAAAGUUACUCAAAGUCCGCGCCUGUUAACAGCCAAGUGUCCGCGCGGUGACGGACUCGCGUUUCGCAGGUAACCGACGCUUGACAUGAAACUUUGGACCCGUGGGGCCAAACAACACUCGUUUCGCGGACGUGUGCACGGUGGCUAGCCUAGCUAGCUAGCGGGCUAACAAUUAGCAUCUGGGAACUACUUGGCUAGCUGGCUAGCGAGGUCCAGCCCAAAAAAAGUUGUUUACCUCGCCUUGUGGCUGUGUUCUCCCCCCCCUCGAGCUUUUGGACACUUUUCUCUGGCAUAAGAAAGAAAGGACCAACUGUUCACACUGGAUUUAAGAGCGAGCGCUGUUAGGAAACUAGCAGGAUGUCAAGCGAGGUCGAGAGCAGUCACUUUGACUCGAGUUUGACAGCAGUGAGCACCAGCGGGCAGCGGGACCACCAACACGCGAGCGAGGAGGCUCAACGGGCCAAGGCGAGCGCCGUGAGAGAGGAGGGAGGCUCGGAUAGUCUACCGGCAGACCACCGCGGCGGCUCGGACGAAGCCAAAAGUCCCCCGAGAGACUGCCAAGAAGGCGAGCCGAGCAGUAACGCUGACUCGGCGCUUGUGGCGACCAAAGUUGUCGAGGCUCCGCCGCCGAAAGUCAACGCAUGGACCAAGAGAACGACGGGAAGAGUGCUAGUGAACAACCUCCAUGACCGAGAUCAACAAAAUGCUCUGAAGGUUGUCCGUGCCAACAAGCCCAGAACCAGAAAAUCCAGCAAGUCGGGUGACUUUGGUGACAUUACCAACUGGCCGACACCUGGAGAACUGGCCAAGGAGGAGCAACACAAUGUUGUCAACGCCAACACCGCCAACGGGAAGAAGCCAGCGUUCUCUCGCCAGGACAAGGACAAGGAGAAGAAGAGGGAGCGGACGGACAGGCAAUCAGAGAGUAGCCACGAUGGCGGCGAGAGCAAAGAGAAUCAGGAGACUCUUCCCGAAUUUCUUGUAGAGACGGCCAAGGAAGCGGAGUCCAAAGUGGGACAGGACACCAAGAACGGCAGCCCUAAAAAGAGGGGAGGUAACAAACGUAAGUGGGUGUCCCUGCCGCUGGAGGAGGCAUCCCAGGAAGACGGCGCCAAGACGCCUGGCGGGGCCCCCGUGCACUCGGACAGCGAGCCUGGCAGUGACUUGCCCGACCUGACGUCGCCCGCUCGCGCGCUCCCUAGCAACAGGGCGCAUGAUGGCGGCAGGAAUUGGAGGAGAGAGCCGCGGGACUUCGGGGAUGACGUUUCCAGUGUGAGGAGCGAUGGCUCCGUCCGCGGAGGGAUCCGAGGGCGAGGCAAAGGCCGCGGCCGUGGGAGAGGUCGUGGUAGAGGUCGCUUUGAGUACUCGCAGAAUUCGGAUGUUCCAGUCUCAGACUUUGGCACCAACAUGGUUUACUACUACGACGACGGCAGCAAAGUGCAGAUGUACACGGUGGACGAGAAGCUCCUCAAAGAGUACAUCAAACGACAAAUCGAGUACUACUUUAGCCUCCACAAUCUGGAGAGAGAUUUCUACCUGAGGAGAAAGAUGGAUGCGCAGGGCUUCCUCCCCAUCUCCCUCAUCGCCAGCUUUCACAGAGUCCAGGCGCUCACCACGGACAUCAGCAUCAUCAUGGAGGCUUUGAAGAACAGCACAGAGGUGGAGCUAGUGGACGAAAGAGUUCGCUGCAAAGUGGAGCCGGAGCGCUGGCCCAUCGCCGUCCCACCAGUCGUGGGUUCCCCGCGGACCGAUUUCUCUCAGCUCAUUCACUGUCCCGAAUUUGUUCCUCGCCAGACCCUUACUUCUGUAAAUGCCGCCUCAUCGCCUGUGAAGGAGACCCCGACAGAGCCUGCAGGACCUCAGGACCCAGCGCAGCCCGACCCCUCCAGCCAAGAGUCCGGCCCACUUAAAGAUGAACCAAAAGACGCCCCGGAUGCUUGGAUCCAGGUGGAGAAACGUCACCGACAUGCCUCGGGCAAAACCAGGGACCGCGGCGAUGCACCGCCGACCCCCCACCACGCCCGGCCGGUGACCGAACCCGACCAGGAGGAGCUGGACUUUAUGUUUGACGAGGAAAUGGAGCAGAUUGCGCCGAGGAAGAACAAGUUCACCGACUGGUCGGACGAGGACGACUCAGACUACGAGCUGGAUGACCAGGACGUCAGCAAAAUCCUGAUCGUCACGCAGACCCCCCCCUACAUGCGCAAGCACCCUGGGGGUGACCGCACCGGCAGCCACGAGUCCAGAGCCAAGAUUACAACGGACUUAGCCAAAGCCAUCAACGACGGCCUCUACUACUACGAGCAGGACCUGUGGAAGGGGGAAGAGCAGCUGGAGUGCAGCAAGCAGGAAGUGGAAAACUUCAAGAAGCUGAGCGUCAUCAGCAAAGAUGAAUUUGACACCCUCACGCCAAAAGUGCCUGUGGACCCCAACCAGGAAGUGCCCUCCCUGCCAGUGUUGUUUGCAGUGCCCAGUGAGGCUGACAUGGCCCGUUCGCUGCCCAAAACAGUGCCAGAAUCGCCAAGUGCCCGCCAACCCAAGACCCCAAGAACACCUAGGACCCCCGGGCGCCAGGACCCAACUAAGGCGCCACGCUUUUAUCCUGUGAUUAAGGAGAGCGGUGCUGUAGAUGGACAGAUGCCGAGGAAGAAGAAAACCCGGCACAGUUCAAACCCGCCACAGGAGGCCCACAUAGGCUGGGUGAUGGACUCACGUGAGCACCGGCCGCGGUCUGCAUCUAUCAGCAGCUCCAACGCCUCGCCCUCGGAAGGACCUGCGCUGUCGGGACCUUACGGAUGCACCCCCCAGUCUCUGCCCAAGUUUUGGCACCCGUCUCACGAGAUGUUGAGGGACAACGGCUUUACGCAGCAGGGCUACCACAAGUACCGCCGACGCUGCCUCAAUGAACGUAAGCGCCUGGGCAUUGGCCAGUCUCAGGAGAUGAACACCCUUUUCCGGUUCUGGUCCUUCUUCCUUAGGGACAACUUCAACAGGAAAAUGUACGAGGAGUUCAAACAGUUUGCUCUAGAAGACGCCACAGAAAACUACAGGUAUGGCCUGGAAUGCCUCUUCAGGUACUACAGCUAUGGCCUGGAGAAGAGGUUCCGAAUGGAUCUGUUCAAGGAUUUCCAAGAAGAGACCUUAAGGGACUUCGACAAAGGUCAACUGUAUGGACUAGAGAAAUUCUGGGCCUUCCUGAAGUACUCCAAGAUGAAGAAUCAGCCCAUCGACCCAAAACUGCAGAAACACCUGUCCCAGUUUAGGAACCUGGAAGAUUUCAGGGUGGUGCCCCCUAUGGGAGAUGAAGGAGGUCGAAGGAGACGCACUUCGUCCUCGGCCGGGGACGAGGGGAGGCGUCGGCGCCAUCCUUCCAACACUACCUCAAAGCCUGCUCAGGCCUCCACCAAGGCGCCACAGCAGAACUUGGCCAAAGAAGGAGGAGCCCAGAUAGCCGCUGCAGUGCCCGCCCAGGUCAAGAAAGUCGAGCCUAAAGGGGCGAAGAAAGAAAUCGGCUCAGCGACCGAAUGAAGCCUGCUCCCUUCUGAGGGGUUUGCAUUGAACACGUGAUGAGUGCGAGGGCAGCAGCAGCGCCGCCUAGUGGUUCACAAGACGGCCCGUGUUGACCUGACAUGUUCUGAGCAGCAUUUCACUUAAAGCAGCCAGCUUGUUUUAACGUUUACAUCAAAAUGCAUUCCUUGCAUUUUCACCCUCACAGGCCAAACUCUUUACCAAUCUGCAAGCGACUCGGAUUGAGUGACAAGAUGGCCACUGUCCUGUGCCUUAUACGCGUCUUCCUGGCUUUGAAAUUAGGGUCAAGACGUCUUUAAAAUUUCCAUCACUUUUAAUUGAGACAAUCAAGUUGACAGUUUGAAGCAGCGCCCACAUUUUCAAGUUUUUAAUUUACAUUUUAACACAUUUAUCCAAGAUGCUUUAAAGUCCAAUGUGACAUAAUUUAUUUUUUCAUUUUUAUUUCUCCAUUGAUUUGAUUAAUGACGUCUUAGUCUCUAAGGACUUUUUUAAUUUCUGCAGGAAUGAUGGGUUUGAGCUUGCAAAAUAAAACAGAACUACAGUCUAUUAUCCUUUAUUUUCUCAAAGUUUACGUUUUAUUAUGCUUGAGGCUUGGUGCUUUUAGAGCACUUUAAUUGAUAAAGUUUCCUUUGUUGCUCAAUAGACAUAAAUUGAGGCUUUAGAGUUGAAUGAAAAAAUGUAAAUAAUACUAUUAAAAAUCGUUUGCUAUACAAUUAUUCUUUUGGUUUUAAGAUCGUGAUUUAUCGGUAGUGUGGUUUUGAGUGUGUUUUAGGAUGAAGUUGUGCAUGUUAAUACUUUGAAAUGUACUGUAAAAAUGCAACAAAAAAAGAAAUAAAAUCGAUUGUAUAAAUGUAA